AUAAAAAAAUAAAAAUGCAUGACACUUUAAUGUUACCAUUGACUUCUCCGGUGCUUACCGCCUGCAGCCGUGCGUGAUUGACUGCCAGCAAUCUGAUCCAGUGAAAGACAUUGACAACCAAUAGGAAGCGGAGUGCGGCUUGUUUCCAUGGGAGGCCCCGGGAGGCGCUGCCAAGCCGCUAGAAAGCAACACAGUGAGCGGGGAGAAGCGCAGGCAGCAGCCGGGACUGUGGAGAUCCUGCACCCGCUCCGUGGCACUCUGCGCGCGGAUGAAAGCGAGGUCGCUCGGGUGACCGGACCGGAGACUCUGGGGACUUUGCAGAUCUCUCGUCAAUUAAAGCCACAGCGGUGCAGAAUGGAUAGAUUUCACGACCAGCAAGUGCCUUAUUGUAACUCCAAAAAGCCGCAAGAAAAGACAACGAGCUGCGAGAGGCCAGCAAAUGACAGAAAGAGAAAAUUCAUUAAGUCGGACCUGGCCCUGGACACUGAAGAGCUCUUCCAGGACCUCAGUCAGCUGCAGGAGACUUGGCUGGCAGAAGCUCAAGUUCCCGACAAUGACGAGCAGUUCGUUCCAGACUUCCAGACUGAAAACUUGGCUUUCCACGGACUGCAGCUGAAGAUCAAGAGGGAGCUGCACAGCCCGUGUUCAGAGCUGAGCUCCAACUGUAGUCAGGAACGGCCCUUCAAACUCCAGUAUGGAGAGAAGUGCCCGUACAACGUCAGUGCCUAUGAGCAGAAGCAGCCUGCAGGAAUGAAGCCCUCCAGCCCAGUGACGCCCCCCUGUAGCACCCCCGUGUCCCCCCUCCAUCAUGCCUCACCCACGGCGGCCCCGACGCCCAAACCAGACAGGACCUACGCCCACAUACCGGCCUCACAGCCGCUCCCUGACAACGCCUACUCUAUGGACCACAGAUUUCGACGUCAGCUCUCAGAGCCGUGCCACUCGUUCCCCUCCCCGCCGACGAUGGCUCGGGACGGACGGCCCAUCUACCACAGGCAGAUGUCAGAGCCCAACAUCCCCUUCCCUCCUCAGGGCUUCAAGCAGGAGUAUCCCGACCCCCUGUUCGAGCACCCGGCCAUGAUGGGGGCGCCGAUACCCCACACGUACCCCCCAGCCAUGAUGAUCAAACAGGAGCCGCGGGACUUCACCUACGACUCAGCAGAAGUGCCUAGCUGCCAUUCUGUCUACUUACGGCAAGACGGCUAUCUGGCUCACGCUAACAGGACCGAAGGUUGUAUGUUUGACAAAGUGGCGAGGCAUUUCUACGAUGAUACCUGCGUGGUGCCUGAGAAGGUUGAAGGUGACAUCAAGCAGGAGUCAGGCCUGUACCGCGAGGGCCCGUCGUACCAGCGCAGAGGCUCACUGCAGCUCUGGCAGUUCCUGGUGGCGCUGCUGGACGACCCGUCCAACUCCCACUUCAUCGCCUGGACCGGCCGUGGCAUGGAGUUCAAACUCAUCGAGCCAGAGGAGGUGGCACGUCGGUGGGGGAUACAGAAGAAUCGACCGGCGAUGAAUUACGACAAGCUCAGCCGAUCGUUGCGCUACUACUACGAGAAGGGAAUCAUGCAAAAGGUGGCCGGUGAAAGAUACGUCUACAAGUUUGUGUGCGACCCCGAGGCCUUGUUCUCCAUGGCGUUCCCUGACAAUCAGCGGCCGGUGCUGAAGACGGACAUGGAGCGGCAGAUCAACGAGGAGGACACGGUGCCGCUGUCGCACUUUGACGAAAACAUGGCCUACGUACAGGAGGGGCCCUACUGCCCGCCACACCCCUACAGCGAGGGCUAUGUUUAUUAACGUCAGCCCACCGAAACACACACACACACACACACACACACACACCUCCACCGUACCCUCCCCCCGCCUCCUCCUCCUCGUCCAUACACCUGAGACUGUCAUGUCCUCUAAUUCACAGUCGCUCCGGGAUUAAGACUGAACACACACAUGCAGCGGAGCUUCCCUUAUCUCUCUCUCUCUCUCUCUCUCACACACACACACACACACACACACACACACACACACUCGUCCUCUUUUUUCUGACGUUGAAGCCGCACAGCAGGAUGGAGAGUGCACUUUAUGGACAGGCAGCGCAGCGUUAACCUGCCAGGGGCUAGCUAUGUGGUUGGCUUUUUACAGUUGUUUAUGUUUGUACAUUUAAUGUGGGACUCAUUCUGUUCGUUUUUUUUUUUUUAUUCUUAUGAUUUUGAGCAUGUGGCGCCCCGGAGAGAUAGGACUCAGCGGCUAACUCAUGGUCACACACGGACUAAAUCUUCCUGCAAAACAAACUCGAUGGAUGAUCGCUUCUCUUCGACUCGUCCUCAAACGGCCAUCCUGUACUUUGAUUUAAAGUCAAAACUGGCAACGUAUUGUAACGAUGCUUUUACGGUGAAGUGACAUGAUUAUAGACUUGGAAAAAGUAAUGUGAUGAUGAUAAUAAAAAGAGACACUUAGCGACCAUCAGUGAGAACUGCCUCGCCGCCAGUUUGAUCGCACCUGUUGUCCGCCUCCAAACUGUAGAUCUCAUCAUGUCGCUGUGUUUGCUGUGAUGACAUAAAGCCCCGGACCAUUCUCUCAAACAACCUCAAAGUAAAGACACAAAGGUGCACUUGAGUGAUGCAAAUGGAAAUCCGGCCUGUGUUUAGGAUAAUGUGUAAAAUAACUCAUUCACUGUAAACAGCAGUUUUUCCUUUUUUUAUUCUGAAUCAUUCAUGUGUUCAGUUUUUUAAUGAAUAACAGGUGGAAGUGUAUGUACAGAUAAAGUGGACACACCAAUCAGCACAUUCAGGACAUUAUUUGCAUCCCUAAAAGUAAAAAAUAAAAGACAGAUUUUAUUGGAUUAAAUGAUAAGAAAUCAAACAUCAAGUCAAAUAUUUUCCCUUUUUUUCUCUGUUUUGUUCCAGGUGAACAUGAGGUGUACAUUUUGCUUUGGGUUGCUUUUUGUUUAAAAAAAAAAAAAAAGGUAUAAGAAAUAUUUAGAGUUUUAUAAUGUGAUGAAAAGACAUUCAUGUUAUAAUAAAAAAAGAAUAAUGUUCCAUUGUAUAAUCAGGUAAACGCACAUUUUGUUGCUGCUUCAAAUUGUAAGUGUAUUUUCCAGUCUCAAGAAAAAAAAGAAAAAAAAAGAAGUGCGGCAGUUACGACCUGCUAUUCUGGAUUUCUCUCUCUCUUUCAUUCUUUUUUUUAU